AUGCCUACCAGAGAAGCCGAGCCCGUCACAAAGGCCAAAACCGACGCUACCUACACACCGCAGAUCUUCUCUCCAAAAGAAGAAACACAGCUCCUCGAGGAGUCUAAUAUCGAAAAGACGUCCGCGAACAAGACGUUCACGUCAGGCGACUACAACACCGCGAUCCAAGGUUACGAAAAAGCCCUCGCUGUUUGCCCUGGGUAUCUUGAAUAUGAUAUCGCUGUCCUCCGCUCGAACAUCUCCGCAUGUCACAUCAAGCUCGAAGAGUGGAAGGAGGCCAUUGAAUCGGCGACAAAGGCACUCGACGCACUAGAUAGAGUUGAUCCACCAGCGGUCAAAGAGACAGACGAAAAUGGACGAGGAGAGCUGGCAGGCAGGGUCAGCGAAAUCGACGAUAGCACAGAGAUACUUCUCGAAGCCCUCACGCGUACAAGACACAGCAUCAACGAUGUAUACAAGUUGCGUACGAAAGCGCUCUUGAGGCGCGCAAAAGCACGUCGUGAGGUUGGUGGCUGGGCAUCGUUGCAAGGGUCGCUGGAAGACUAUCAGACACUAUCGAAAUCGCCGCAUCAGUUGUCUAGCUUAGAUCAGAAGGCUGUACAGGAUGCGAUAAGAAUGUUGCCUACGGAACUGAACACGACAAAGGAUAAGGAGAUGGCUGAAAUGAUGGGCAAUUUGAAGAAGCUGGGGAAUGGUAUUUUGAAGCCAUUUGGGCUGAGCACGGACAACUUUCAGUUCACACAAGAUUCGAAAUCGGGGGGUUACAGCAUGAACUUUAACCAGAACCCUGGAAAGUAA